AGAAGAUGAAUAGGACAGAACAACCUCAUGCCUACUCCAUAAACCACCUCGCCACAUUUCGCUACUGAGCACACCCGGCGCAGCUGUUGUUGUGCAUUCAGGAAGCUAAGAGUCGCCGCGCGGGGUUCUUCUCGGUCUACAAUGCGGAGCAUGACACAAACUCUCUCACACUGAUUCAGAGCCCUUCAAGUCCGCCGGACGCAAUUGUUUGCAGCGAAACGGAAUGUUGUCACUUUUUUUCAGGAAGAUCAGUUUCCAUUGGACAGAAGGACACUUUUAUUUAUUAGCGGUCACGCGGCCCAAAGAACGUACCGCUCAUUUACGAUGAGCUGUUUGGAUCUUAUGUACCCAGCCUAUGGACAUUACGCACCGUACGCUCCACCUGCUUCUGCUUUCAUUAAUAGCAUACCGGCUCCCAUAAGUCUCAGCACAGCUCCUCACUGCCGCGACUUCAUGGACGCUCACAGCAGGGGCCCAACAUCGGCCGUCUCUGGGGGCCCCAUUGUAGUCCCCAGCGGCUCUGCUUCCUCUUCCUCGGCCUCUUCGUCGACCUCCUCGUCCUCCUUAGCAUACCCCCCUCCUCCUCCUCCUCCUCCUCCGCGAGAGGGCCCGUCCCGGUCGGCUGAGGGCCCGAAGGACAAGCAGGAGGCCCCUGACGCUGAGUACCUGACGUCCCGCUGUGUGCUCUUCACCUACUACCACGGGGACAUCAGCAGUGUUGUGGACCAACACUUCUCCCGGGCCCUCAGCUCCUACAUAGACGGAGAGGGCAAGAGACGGGCCCCGGAGCCACACAGCACAGGUAUAGGGGCCACAUGUACUCUAACACACACA